GCACAGGCAGACGGCCGCCUCAGUGACUGGAGAAGUUUUAACCAAAGGAUUCAGUCAAAAAAUUAAUCACCUUCAUGUCGACUCUGUUGGAUACUAACCGGCCGAUGCUAUGGUUACCUUUAUUACGAUCUUACAGGUGAAUCUAGUGAUGUCCAUCCUGCUGUACGUGAUGGUCCUCGUGUACCUCUAUGGUAUCCAGGCUACCAACAUGGAGGGCGGUCAUCACGGCCAGCAGCAGCAGCAGCUGCCCAGUCCAGACCCGCUCAACGCUCUCAUCAUCCAGCUGCUGCGGGCCGACCUGACCAGAGGGAGGAGCAGAGGGAACCAGAGUCAGCAGGGAUGGAGCCGGGAUCCUCAGGAGACGCUGCCGUUGCUGCUCGGAGACAACUUUCCUCUGGAGGAGCAAGGGGCUUUGGAACACGAGUGGGAGGCGGAGAGCAGCGACGGAUUAUUGGACGCACAGGUGACGCUGCUGCACUCGGAACUUCUACGUCAACAAAAACGCUACAACUCGCCUCGAGUCCUUCUGAGUGAAAGGCAGCCGCUGCAGCCCCCACCGCUCUACCUGGCGGACGAUUUCAUGGGUCAGGAGGGCUCGGCGGCCAGCAACAGAACAAGGAAGAAGCGCGACGCCGAGCACAAGAGCUACCGUGGGGAGUAUUCAGUGUGUGACAGCAUGAGCCAGUGGGUGACAGACAAAACCCAGGCCGCAGACCUUCUAGGGAACAGCGUCACCGUACUGGGCAAAAUCAAAACCAGUUCAACACAGGAAGUUAAACAGUACUUUUACGAGACCAGCUGUCGGACGCCCAGACCCGUGAAAGACGGCUGCAGGGGCAUCGACAACAAGAACUGGAACUCGCAGUGCAAGACGAGGCAGACGCACGUCAGAGCGCUGACGCAGCUCGGUACCAAAGUGGCCUGGAGCUGGAUACGCAUCAACACGUCCUGCGUGUGUGCGCUGUCGCGGAAGCGCCACCGGACGUAAACACAGCUGGAAUUCCACUUCCUGGAUUUUAGCAAACUUCUGCUGAAGAAAAUCGCGGGUCCAUUUAAACUUUAUUUCUCACCGUCUGGUGCAUGACGGCCAUUUUGGAAGAACUCCUGAGUGUGUGAAGAGUAAAUGUACAUAUAAAUUAUUUAAAUUAUAUGAAUGCAUGUAGGCUGUACAUGUGUAUAUCUAUCUGUAUAUGAAUAUAUUUGUGUUAUUUAUUGACCCAAAAAAGGAAUGAAACAAGCUCAGAACUUUAAGAUUUUAAGACUUUUCAACUGCAAAGGUGCUUCAGUAGGACUUUACAUGUGCCUUUUGACCAGAGUGGGUGCGGGAGGAAAUUGGGUCACGACCAGUUGGGAGCGAAUAUUGAUUCAGACCACAGUACCCAAAGUAAGUUUUCAUGUUAAUGUGUUGUAACCUGCUGUAGGAGACCAAAUUCCUCACAUCGGCAAACACUGAAGGAUGCAGACGAAAUAUUUUAUGGGUUCUCUCUGGUCCACUUGUUCACCGAACUGGUUUCAUGAGACAUUUUUUGUUUCUUCCUUUGUAAUAAAAGAGUUGAAAUCAGUCUAAAACAUUUCACUGCCACAGGUUCAACACUGAAUAGCCAGAACAUUAUGACCGCCUGUCUGUUUAAUGACGUAAAUAAGCAAAUUAUUCAGUUAGAGGUCUAGUGCCUGGUGACGGGUGGUGGCUCAAGUG